AUGGCUCGACAUCAAUUGAGUGUGAAUGAGAAGACAUGGAUUGUCAAACAUAUGUAUCGUCUUGAAUAUCCAAUAAAUGUUCAAAGAUUAUGGUGUAAGGAAAUAAAUAACAAUCCUCCACAUCGUAAUGCGAUAAGAGCGUUGAUGAAAAAAUUUGAACAAACUGGUUCCGUACUCGAUAUUGGACCACCUGGUAGACCUGUAUCAGUUACUGACCAAGCUGCAAAAGACGAAGUUUCAUCAGCUUUGCGAAAAGAACCUCGAACGUCGAUUCGUAAAAUGAGUACAGAUUUAAGUAUUUCAAGAUCUUCAGUUCGACGUAUUUACAAGUCUAUGGGCUUUAAGCCAUAUAUUCCCAGAUUAGUUCAUGAACUCAAUGAAGAUGAUUUCGACCGACGAAUUGAAUAUUGUGAAACAUUUCUAUCGCUCCUCGAAACCGAACCGGAUCUUAUUCAUCAUAUCAUUUGGUCUGAUGAAGCAUUAUUCAAACUCAAUGGACAUAUUAAUCGUCAUAAUUCUGUCUAUUGGGCAAUACAAAAUCCAAAUCUUACAUAG